AUGGGAAUAUUUGAUGAUCAAAAGAGUAGAAUGUUCAAAAUAGGGAGGAAUUUGGAGAAAAAAGACUCACAAAUUGCGUUGAAACAUCAUGGCCCUGGAUGCAUGUGGGGUAUUCUUCACACUUUGCAACAAAAUCGAUGGGACAAAGUCGUCAAACGAAUCCCCCGUGCUUGUCUCGUUUAUGGAAAGCCCUCCAAUGGCAAUGGCAAAGCUUCUUCAAGUGUUGAAGAAGAAGCCGAGCAAGACAUCGUCGAGCCCUCCGUCCAAAAAUCUAGAGCUAAGCGCGCCGCCGACCACAAAACCCCCUCCAUGAAGGCAAGAAUAAAAACCUUGACGGGGAAGAAAGGCCGCCACCGAAGGAGCACGUCCUAUCCCGUGCGAACACCGCCAGACGAGAACCUCCCGUCCCACCAUAAGGGGAAGUCUUUCGACUGCGUGGAGGCGCCUCUCGAGGGCUGCUCCGACCCCUAUGCUUCAACCUCGCACCACAUGAGGCUCAACUACUUGAAACAGAAUGAGGUUGAUCAGUUUGGAGAUCACCCUGUUAGAGAUCACACCCUUGUUCAUGGCAACUUGAUUUAUGCAAUCGAGCCAACCAGAGGCGAUGCUCUUCAAGAAUCAAAGCUUUUCAUGGAUGCGUUGAAUCUUCUCAAUUUGAGAGAGGAGAUGUUCUUGAAUAUCAUGAAAGAUCCAAGUAUAUCUAUGGCUAAUCAGCUGCAUUGUCGUCGUUCGCCUAACUUGAGAUAUGGAUUGAACAAGUCCAUCUCGUUUGCUCAUUCGGGUGCGAGAGAUUUCGAUGAUUUGGAAGGCUGUGCUGCUGCUAGGAGGAGUCAUGAUUCUGCUGUUGCGUCUGUGAAAAAGAGUAGAGAGGAGAUUAAGCAAGAGAACGAGGCGUGUGAGGUUUUGGACAAUGCUGCUUCGCCUGCAGCAGCAGCAGCCACCAUUUUGAGGAAGAAGAGCGACGAGAACAGAGCUGGCCUCAUGCGUUUCAAGAAUAUCCGGGAGAAGAUCAGGUAUGUCAUCCGGGAUAGGAAGAAGGAGAAGAAUCGGAUCAUGAUGGACGCGUUGCACCAUAAGGUGCCUUACGGGACUAGCCCCUCGAAGAAGUUGGCCGAGGAUGGUGUCCAGGCCGGGAGGUCGGAUUUUGGCAAAGGCCCUUCUUCAAAGGACUACAAGAGGGCGACGUCGUUUGAUCAUUCGUUGGAUAGGUAUAAUCAGUUGCUGGACAUUAGCUCCGGAAAAGAGGGUAAAAGAAAUGAAUCCAAGUUGAGUGGUGUUGGGAGGAAGCCUCCCACUCUGGCGAGGAUUCUCUCGCUUCCUGAUAUCAGGACUCAUAUUCCUGAUAUCAGGUUUAGCGAGGAGAGGGCGUUGGAACGUGUGGAUGGUGAAGAUGGAGGUGUCACUGGACAUAGGGAGCAAGAAGAGGAGAAUGAUGCAGGUGAUUCAAUUGAUGAGAAGGCGAGGGAGAGGAGGUCGUCUGAGACGAUGCCAUCAGAAGUUGAGCAACAAGAGCAUGAAGCAUCACCCUUAGAUGAUUCAAGAUCCUCCAAAAGGCAAAGUAGUGCUGAGCUAUCACAUGAUGAUGAACUAAUCGAGGUUGAUGUGGAAGAAGGGGAAGUAGACGUAUACGAUAGGUGUAUGUCAGCACAAGACGCUGGGGAUGAGAAGAACAAUGCGGAGUUCAACUACGUGAGGGGGUGCUUGAGCUAUCCGUUCACGAGGAACGAGAGCACGCUGGGAAAGUGGCGGUCAGGGGAGUACCCUCUACCCUCAGUGUUUGAGGAAGUGAAGAGCGAUCAGCACGAGUCGUGUUGUGCACCGGAUCAAGAAGAUGGGAUAUCCAACCAGAUCCUCUUGUUUGAUCUCAUCAACCAGGUCUUGCUAGGGAUCCAUGAAAGAUCUUUCUGCUAUUGGCCCACGCGUCCUUACUACCCGUCGAGUGUGCAUCCCUUGCCUAAGGGAUCGCGCGUCUUGGAGCAAGUGUGGGCCGAGAUAAGAUGGCUGCUUAGCUCCGUGCCUCAGUCCGAUACGGAUAUGGAUGAUGCUGUGAGCCGAGACUUGGGUCGGGACGACGGUUGGAUGAAUCUGCAGUUGGAUGCAGAGUGUGUAGGACUGGAGCUUGAGGAAAUCAUAUUUGAUGAUCUUGUUGAUGAGAUUUUUGAACCUUGA